UUUCCAAAUAUCACACCUAUUUUGCAAGCACAAACCAUCACAAGACGUUUAAACUACAAUUCCCAUAAAUGCCACAGAAAAAGGCAGCAAGACAGAGAAACGCACAGACCAACAUACGAUCGGCUUUCUGAUUGGUGAAUAACGUCCGAUAACCUGACAGCCUAACAACUUGCUUCCGCUUUGUACACUUCACUGAGUUUAUGGUCCGUGAUUUCAUACUGUUCACCCAGUAUCUGCACUGAAAAGACCAAUGUCACUGAUAACUUCUACAAGGAUGAAGGUUCAGGAAGAUCUACCCGGUGAGCAGGAAGUAAUGGAUGCAUAAACAAUCAGUAAAAAUAAAGGAGCGAGGCUGCUGGAUUGUGACUCGAGAAAACCACACUGGUGAAGAUGAACAGAACAAAGGGUGAUGAAGAGGAGUACUGGCACAGCACCAAAUAUAAGGGCUUCGCCUUUGACGAUGAUGAUGAUGACUUUUCACGGCUGAAGGAGUCCAAAAGAGCUGUGAAUAGUAUCCGUGGAAUUGGAGAAGAUGAUGAUGAUGACGACGAAGAUUAUAUGGAGAGGGUCAGCUGGAGUGGUGAGCCGUUGAACAGUAUUUCACACACAAUAAAGGAGUCCUCUUUCAGAGACACACACAUUACAGGAACAGUUACAGAACAGAGCCAGCAUAAGCCCAGGUUUGAGUCUGCCACAGGCUCAGCUUCAUUUCCCAAACUGUCAUCUUCGUAUUCCUUAAGCAGCAUUUUCAAAGGAAAAAGUAAAGCAGACAGUUCUUUGUCCCUCAGUGAUGUUCUUAGUGAUACAGCGACAAGAAUCAUAGCUCCUGAGCUCCGAAAACCAAAGUCAGAAUACCAGGACUAUGUAGAUGACUGGAGCCCAGAAGAUACUGUUAGACGUAUGCAGAGGAAUAAGACAUAUUCCUUGGAGAGGUUUCGCUCCCUGAAACAGAAGAUGGAACUCCUUGAUGAAGCUCUAAAACUGAAUGAUGGCAAUGUGAUUACAGCAAUAUUGAUAUUUCUCAAGAGGACAUUAAGUAAAGAAAUUCUUUUUCAAGAGUUGGGAUCUCGACAGGUUGCACUUCAUCAUUUUAUACGUUUUCUAAAAGAAAUGAAGGAUCAAAAACUGCUGCUGGAACUGCUAAAAGCCCUUGGAAGGACAGAAGACUGUGCACUUAUACAGUAUAAAGAUUAUCUGAACAUUCAAGACGAAAUGAAGAGAAAGGAAUUUUUAAAGGACUGUACAAAACUUCCUUUCUCAGUGGAGGAUGCUGCCCUUGUCUUGGACCACUACACGUUACUGGAAAGACAGAUCAUCAUAGAGGCAAGUGACAAACGCUCUGAAGCAGAUGGACAUACAGAGAUAUUUAAAAAAUAUCCUAGAAAGGCAACUAUCCUUAAUAUGCCUUUGAUAACAACACUGUACUACUGCUGCUUUUAUCAUUAUGGAGAACCAGAGGGAACAUUUAGUAGUCCAGCAAAUCUGAAGAAGACUUUUAAGAUCUCUGAGAAGCAGUACUUGCUAACUGCUACUGCAUCCCGAGCCAAACUCAAAGCCUGGUUUGAUGUGGAUGCCCUGUUUACAACCAAAAACUGGUUGGGCUACACAAAGAAGAAAGCUCCAAUUGGUUUCCAUCGAGUGGUGGAUAUUUUGCAGAAAAAUAAUGCUCCAGUUGAGGUUUUGCAUGAAUAUAUUCGCUUGGUGGAUGAUGUGGAGUUAAAGUUAAAUCUCGCCAUAAGAAACAAGUGCCAUGAUGUUGUCAUUGAUACUUAUAAAGACCUUAAGGACCGUCAGCAGCUGAUAGCAUACAAAAGCAAAGUGGAGCAAGGGACUCGUGAAAAAAGGAAAAUUGAAGACAUCUUAAAUAACUCUCAAAUUCGAUGGAAGAACUGAAAUGGAUGCAAACUCAGCGAUGCUGAGAUACACAGUAAUUCCUUAUAUCAGCCAAUAAAGACAUUUUAAUUAAUAAAUUAAGUUUAUUUAUGA